GCAGUGCUGGCGCGGCACUAUGGCGCGGUGCAGGACCUGCUCUUCCAGGCUUUCCAGUUCCACGCCGCCUCCCCGCUCCAUUUUGCCAAGUAUUUUGACGUCAACUGCAGCAUGUUCCUGCCCCGCAACUACCUCGCGCCCAGCUGGGGUUCCCAGUGGGUCAUCAACAACCCGGCGCGGGACGACCGCAGCACCAGCUUCCAGACUCAGCUGGGUCCCAGCAGCCACGACGCCGGCAAGCGGGAGACCUGGAACGUCCUCUUCUCGCCACGCUGGCUGCCCGUCAGCCUGCGCCCCGUCUACUCAGACUCGGUCUCGAGCGCCGUCCAGCCCGUACGCAUCGAGGACGGUCGCCCCCGUCUCGUCAUCACCCCGGCCAUGAGCAGCCCCGACUUUGCCGGCGUCAGCUUCCAGAAGACGGUGCUGGUGGGCGUGCGGCAGCAGGGCCGCGUCCUGGUGAAACACGCUUACAGCUUCCACCAGAGCUCGGACGAGGCGGCCGACUUCCUCGCCCACGCCGACCUGCAGAAGCGCACUUCUGAGUACCUCAUCGACAACUCCCUGCACCUCCACAUCAUCAUCAAACCCGUCUACCACUCCCUCAUCAAGGUGAAGAAGUAA